AUGGCCCUGUAGCUCCUGCCCCGUCUCACCUUCCCCAGGCUUGGAACCCCACAGCCCUUGGCUCGGGAGUGUGGCUUCAGCGUGCCAGCGGUUGACUGGCCAUCCUUCUUCAACCUCAACUCACCCCAGGAGGUUCAGGAAACCAUCCAGAUUCCGAACAACGGAAGCACGCCCCUGCUCGUGGACGUGCAGGUGUUUGUGUCAAACGUGUUUAACGUUGACAUCCUGCGGUACACAGCGUCCUCCACGAUGCUGCUUCGGCUGUCCUGGCUGGACACUCGCCUGGCCUUGAACUCGACUGGGCACCGGCAGGGCAGAGUCACGCUGCCCUGGGACUCUCUCUGGACACCAGGACUCACUAUCCAGGAAGCGCUCUGGGUGAGCUGGCAGAACCAGAGCCCACAGGCCCGAGUGGACCGGGAUGGCCACAUCGAGCUCUACCUGGCCCUCACCACGGAGACCUACUGUGACUUUGAGCUUUUCCACUUCCCCAGGGACCAGAGCGACUGCAGCCUCAGCUUCUUCGCUUUUGGCAACACUGUGAUGGAGCUGGAGUUCCAGGCCCAUGCGGUGAAUGAGAUUGUGAGUGUCAAGAGGGAAUACGUAGUUCAGGAUUUGAACCAAGUCCCAUCCCAGCAGCUGGUGCCCUGCUUCCAGGUGACAUUGCGCCUGCAGAAAGCGCUAAAGGCCGUCAUAGCGCUCUUGGUACCCGGGGAGGCGCUGCUGUUGGCUGACCUGUGUGGGCCGCUGCUGCCCCUCCGGACGGAGCGCAUCGCCUACAAGGUGACCCGGCUGCUGGGCUACCUCGUCUUCCGCUCCUCCCUGGUUCAGGCCCUGCCCAGCUCCUCCUCCUGCAACCCGCUGCUCAUUCACUACUUCACUGUCCUUGCUGCUCUUCAUCACACCACGGAGACCGUGCUGUUGUCCGGGCUGCUGGGCCCCAGCAACCCCAGGGUGGAGAGCAGCCCCAGCCCGGUCCUGAGAGGGGAGCAGCACGACUGUGGGAGCCCAGGGCCUGAUCCUGAAGAAGCCUCCAGAGGAGUAAAGGGGUCCAGGAGGAGCUGGCCUGAGGCUGCUGACCACAUCGUCUUCCUGGUGUACGUGGCAGGGGUGCUGUGUAGCCAGUUCAUCUUCGCUGUGCUCUGGAUGUGGGCGACAUGCAAGUCGGACCCAGCCCCUGGUGAGGCUGCCCCCCACGGUGGGUGGCCCAGGCUGUAA